AUGACGGAAGAUGAAUUAGUUGAACUCCUCGGUGAACUAUCAAUUGAAGAAAAGGAAUUUAAUAAGGCAAAAAAGGUAUUACAAGGUGCUUCACAAGAUCAUCAGGAUUUAAAAAAGAGCUAUGAAAUCCUUUCAAAAUGUUCCCAAAUACCAAAACUAUCAGAUAAUAUUUAUAGAAUUAUGGAAGAGGAUAUGCUGAAGUUUUUACUUGGCUUGCAAAUUAUGCAAGAUUCUAGGGGUAUUAUUCUUAUUAAUAUCAUUAAGUCAAAAGUUGCAAACGAAGAUUUAGAGAAGGUAAUUCUCAAGAUAUUGAGCCUGAUUCAGACUAUACUAAAAAGAAUUGACAGAUUGGGCCUUAGAGUAUUUUAUUUGUCCUUAUACUUUGCAAUAAUUUCAAACUUUAAUAUAUCCUAUCCUCAGCAUGUAUCGUUAAUGCUUCAAUAUCUAAAUCCAUUACACAACCAAGGCAACGAGGAGAAGGAAAAGGCACACGAAGUCUAUAGCUUGGUAUUACUUGUUAUUAUAAAAAAUUUAGAAUUACUUGUCGAAGAAACAACCGAAAUAAUAACUAGCUACCUAGAAAUUUUGGUAGACAACGAGCCCGAUGAAAUAUCAAUUACUAGUUUUUUGAAUUUAGUGAAAUGCUUGGAGUCUCUUUUUCCUAUUGUGCCAUCGGUAUCAAAUACUAUAUAUAUGAGUGAAGGUUGCAAAGAGAUAAUACUAUUUCAAGUUUCAAAAAUGUCUUCCGCAUCUCUAGAGUAUGCGAGUAAUCAGCUUAUAACGACUGAGAUCUUGAAACUUGUCAGCAGCUCGUGCAUAAAUGAGCAAUGCCGUUCAUUUAACUAUUCUAACUAUCUUGAGUUAUUGAAAAUUGGAACUAAGUUACAGGGCGAAGAUGUUUUAGAAAUAAGACUUUUGUCUUCAUUAGGUAUUAUUAAACUCUGGAAUUUUAUCCAAUUAGAAAAAGACCUGAAAAGAGAUUCAAGUAUAAAUAUGUCCGAAUUAUCAGAUAUAUUGAUAAACUAUUUGAGGUCUGCCGACUCUAAAUUGAACGACACAAAUUUGGAGUACUGUGUUGAGGGUUUAGCCUAUUUAAGUUUGAAUACAUCUGUCAAACAAAAAUUGAGAAAUGAUGAAAACUCAAUUGAAAGUAUAUUAGUUAUAUUGAAAAAGAAAACAGAAGUAAAUGAAAAAAGCUUACUGACUAAUUCUUCAUUAGUUUACGGACUUUUGUUAAUCCUAUCGAACUUAACAAAAUUGAAAGUUGUGGCUGCUAAUUCUCAAAAGAAAACAACUAAUUACUUAAACUUUGCAACCCCUAAUAAUAUAAAUGACGAUAAAGAUGAAAAUCAGGAAAGUAUCCAAAAUUUUAACAGCUCCUUACUAAUAAAUUACAAGGUUGUGGAAAUAAUGUCUAAAAUAAAAGUUUAUAAAUCCCCUGAUUCUGCAGGGCAUAAUAAUAAUAUAAUAUCCCAAGUUAUAACAAUGAUUUCUAUGAUAUCUACUAAUCAAGACAAAUCUACAAGACAAGAACUUAUCAAGCAAGGUGCAUUAAAUAUUGUUUUAGAUUACCUCAUUAAAAAUAGUAUCGUUAAGAAAAACUUGGGGAACGAGACGAGACCAAGUAGUUCAAAUGAUGAGUUAGUUGAGACCAGACUUCUAGCUUUGAGGUCGUUAGCAAGGAUUUUGAUUUCAGUUAAUCCUUCUCUAGCAUUUAAUAAAUAUGAUAUAAAGACCUGUUUACCAUUUUUGAUUGAGUUACUAGGUCCUGAUAUUUCCCAGUACAAUGGCUCCCUUGGGGAUGCUGGGGAUGAUCAGUAUUUGUAUGAUGGAGUUAGCAAUUUGGAUAAAUAUGAGUCAUUACUUGCAUUGACAAACAUUUCAGCCGCUCAAAACAGCACUGGAACCAAUGAAUUGAGACCGCUAAUAAUAUCUAAAACAUUCGAUAAGUAUUUGGACAAUUUUAUUAUUGAUUCAGAUUUACCGCAAAUUCAAAAAGCUACUUGGGAAUUGAUUUCUAAUUUAAUAACGGAACCAAGUUUGUUAGUCAAAUUCUUUAAUAUAGAAAAGCAGGACAACUUAAAAAGGUUGCAAUUGCUAAUUAGGCUCUUGGACUCAACCGAUGAACUGCUUCAGACAGUGAUUGGAGGCUUAAUAGCAAAUGCCACCUCUGAGUUUGAGAUGAUUUCCCAAAUAUUGGUCCAGAAUGUUACCUUAAAAGAUCAUUUGUUGUCCAUCCUUACAAAUAUUUUUGAAAGUCAAAAUUUGAAUGAUGAUUUACUAUUAAGAGCCAGUUACAUAUUAUUAAACUUGGUUUAUUCUGCAUCAAAAUUAGGCGCAGAAUAUAUAGACAAGUUCAGGGAAGACAAAAAGUUGAAGGAUUCGUUAGGUUUGGCUUUACGUGCGAACAAGAAUAAGGAAAUAUUGGAAAUUAUAAUUGAAAUAAUUAAAUUAGUUAAUUUUAAAUAG